UUAUCCCCAUCCGGCUCGGAUGAACUUCAAAAGAUUUGACUUUACAGUUUUGGUAUUUUUUUUUCUUUCCUUCAAUAUUUUGGUAUCACUUGAGGCAUGGACCCUUCAUUAUCCCAAAACUUGGAGGAAUAUUCCGCUUCUUCGACGACUAUAAAAUUCGACCGCCCCCUCCCAUUACUCCGUGGUCCAAUCCCGGCCGGAACUUCCGACGACCCAUCAUCCGGUCCAUACAUCCUUGCCUUCAAAGACCUUCCUUCCUGGGCCGCCGCUUACAAAUCCUGCGAAUCCAAAAUCAUAUCUCAAUGCGAGGAAGGUGCACGAAUUGGGUGCGCCAUCACUGCUUCCAACAAGUGCCAACCCCCUUGGUGGCAGUCCCUGAUUGGUUGGAAAUCAAUGGACUUAAAGGAAAGAGAGCGCUGCGAAGAUAUUGAAAUGGAAGCUUGUUUGGUUGCCGCUAAGGAAAAAUGCAUCGACUUCGCCAAGGAAAAGUGUACGACGCCGUUUCUGAAUGCGAGAAUCGCAGUGGGGGAGAAGGAGAUAAUGAAUAAACGGGUUGAGAGGAUGGUACACGCAGCGUCGUUGCCGGAGGAAAGCAAAUGGGUCUAUUUUAUCGGGUCGGAUAAUUUGGGAGGAUCCGAACCAAGGGUGACUAAUUACAGAGCUAGUCAGUAUUUGGGCACCGAUUCUGAACUUCAAACGUGAACCGUCACAUGGUUCCGGAAUUUCAGUCGGUUUUUUUUUUUUUUUGAAGCAGUGGCAAUUCUAAAGUGGACAAUUAGGUGCUGUAAUAAGCAAAACACCAAGCUAAGGUAUGUUAAAACUUUGUUUGUUGACAACUUGUACGAGGUUUUUUCACUUUUGGGUCGAACAUUGGCUUUGAAUUUCUGGGUAGAAUUUAGAAACAUCUUAUAUUAGAAAUGCAUACACAAUGCGUUAACUUUUGUGUCUUUUUUUGGUCAUGUAAUGGAAGAGACCUUUAAAAGAAUUUUGGAUACAA